AUGAGUCAGCACCAGCAGUUAAACCCAGGACACCAGCAGUUCAACACAGGGGGGCAAAAGGGUGCCCCAGAGACCAAGGAUCCCAAGAACACCCUGUUCAGCCAGUAUGAGGAGAAGAUGCGUCCCUGCAUCGACCUCAUCGACUCCCUGCGGGCUCUGGGUGUGGAACAGGACCUGGCCCUGCCCUCCAUUGCUGUCAUCGGGGACCAGAGCUCGGGAAAGAGCUCGGUGCUGGAGGCCCUGUCAGGGGUAGCCUUGCCCAGGGGCAGUGGAAUUGUGACCAGGUGCCCGCUGGUGCUGAAGCUGAAGAAGGUGCCAGCUGGGGGCACAUGGAGCGGGCAAGUGAGCUACCGGGACACCCACCUGAAGCUAGACCAUCCUUCCCAGGUGGAGAGGGAGAUCUGUAGAGCCCAGGACAUCAUCGCUGGGAAAGGAGUUGGCAUCAGCCACGAGCUCAUUAGCCUGUAUGUCAACUCUCCCCGUGUUCCAGAUCUUACUAUCAUUGAUCUUCCGGGCAUCGCAAGAAUACCCGUGGGGAACCAGCCCGCAGACAUCGCAACUCAGAUCAAAGGUCUCAUCCAGAAGUACAUCCAGAGUGAGCAGACCAUCAACCUGGUGGUGAUCCCUUGCAAUGUGGACAUCGCCACCACUGAGGCGCUGAGCAUGGCCCAUAUGGUGGACCCUGAGGGAGACAGGACCAUUGGGAUCCUCACCAAGCCUGAUCUCGUGGACAAGGGGACCGAAGCUAAUAUCCUGAAUGUGGCCAAGAACCUCACAUAUCGUCUCAAGAAAGGCUUCAUGAUGGUGCGGUGUCGGGGCCAGCAGGAGAUCAUGAAUAGGCUGAGCUUGACAGAGGCAACCAAGAACGAGACCGAGUUCUUCCAAACCCACCCAUAUUUCAGAACGCUCCUGGACGAAGGCCUGGCCACCAUGCCCUGCCUGGCCAAGAAACUUACCUCUGAGCUCAUCCUUCAUAUCAACAAAUCACUCCCGUACUUGGAGAAUCAGAUUCGGGAGAGCCACCAGCAGGCAACCAAUGAGCUGUCUCUGUGCGGGACCAAUGUGCCCAACAAUAGCACCGAGAGAAUGAUGUUUCUCAUAGAUAAAGUCAAGAAAUUUCAAUGUUGCAUCCAGAGACUGGUGGAUGGUGAGGAGGUUCUACGCAAGAAGGAAAUACGUCUGUGCAAUCUGGUCAGAGAGACCUUUGCCGACUGGGAUAAAGUUCUCCACCGCAACAUGGAGAAUGUUAAAGGUGUAAUGCAUGAUGAAGUCUCCAAAUAUGAAAAGCGGUAUCGUGGCAAUGAGCUUCCAGGAUUUAUCAACUACAAGACAUUUGAAUUCAUUGUGCAAGAGUAUAUUGACCAGCUGGUCCAACCAGCAGUGGAUAUGCUUCAAAAAGCUAUUGGGAUCAUCUAUCAGUCAUUUGCUGACGCAGCCAACAGUGAAUUUGGAGAGUUUAUCAACCUGAAUCAAAUCGUCCAGAAACUGAUCGAAGACAUCAAAGUCAAGCAGGCAGACAUCGCCGAGGACCAGAUCCGGCUGCAAUUCCGGAUGGAGCGUCAUGUCUUCUGCCAGGAUCAUAUCUACAGCAGCAUCCUCAGCAAAGUUCGGGAGGAGAUGUUUCUCCCUACGGCGAACCCCUUACAGAGGCCACUGAAAACCCCUUCCUUGAACAAUUCGUCGAAGAUUUCCACCAUCGCUGAAAUUGGAGUACACCUGAACGCAUACUUCCUGGAAACCAGCCAGCGUCUGGCCAACCAGAUCCCCAUACAGAUUCGCCACUUCAUGCUUUAUGAGUAUGGAGAUUGUCUGCAGAAGUCCAUGAUGCAGAUCCUGCAGGACAAAAACAGCUUCUCCUGGCUACUUCAGGAACAGAACGAGACCAUGGCCAAGAGGGAAUUCCUCAAGGAGAAGAUUCACCGGCUGACAAAGGCACGGGAAGCACUCUUUAAUUUUUCCUGCUCAUAA